AUGCUGCAACGAUACGUGCAUUGGGUCUUCCGGACCCAGGUAUUUGGGAGACAGACACCGCCACCAGCCGGCCUCGAGGACGCAACGAGCAAACCCUUCGACCACAUUGCUAGAGGCAUAGGGAAUCAACUCUCUUAUCCGUUUGUUAUUUUCCCAACAGCGAUCAGCGGUUCCGUCAUGUCGAGCACUGACUCAACCAAGCAAGAAACGACCGGUUCGCGUCUUGCUCAGAUGAUCGACCAUGCCAAAAUAUUACUCGAGAAGAGUACCUAUGUGAGCGGCUUCAAGAACGGAAUAAUCACUGCAAUUUCCGUCGUCUGCAUCAUUGCACUCUACUGGGUCAUGAUCUUCGUCUGGGUAAGGAACUCCAUCCGAUCCUUCAAAGGUCGCAAGACCCCCAAGGCCGCCACUCCCAAACCUUCUCCGGUCGAUGUCGAGCCAAUCAUCAGACCUGCGGGAGAUAUUGGACUCAACAUGGACGAAGUACAAGAGAUCCCUGGUGAAGGCGAAUUAGCGACAAAAGAAGCCAUGCCCGCCCGUGAUCAAAUUCCCGAGAUCGAGGACGAACCUCAAGCUGGCAGUUCUGAUGAACGUGAGCCAGUUCAUACCACGUCCGACGACAACACAACGACGACCAGCCAAGAUGAGCUGGCCGGCACCAAAACUAUCUCGACCAUAGUGCCGGUGAUCAAGCACGACUUUGAACGUCCGAUUUCUCCUCCAGCCACCCCUCCGACAGAGGCUGCAGACCUCAAGGCUUCGGCCGUCGACCCCGUCGAAUCCUUUCAUGCAGAAUCGACCACUGACGUACCAAACGUCGUCGAUCUUAUGAACGUUACUUCCAACGAGAGCUUUGCUCCCCGCGAGCCGCCCACUAGGAGCGAUACCGAAAAGACACGAAGCACCGUGGAGGAGGCUGCCAAGGCGGUCGAAGACCACGCCAAAUUUGUCGAAGACGCGACUAGCCCAACCGAGUCGACUGUCGAGUCGACCGUUGAACUGUCUAUCGAAUCGUCCAAGACCGAGAUCGAUUCGCCCACAUCCGAAUUCGUUGUUGUAUCCGACGCAGAGGACAAGCCUGUUGAGAAUGUGCCGCAGGCUCCCGUUGAGAGCUCUUACAAGGCUGUUGAAGAAAUUGGGACCAACCCACCAGUACCCAUCGAGCCUGCGACGACUAAGAUUUCAGUUGCCGAGGUGGCCGCCACGACUCAAUCUGUGGUUGAACCGCAACAGCCCGUCAUCGUAGCGGAUGGAGCGAAACCCGAAGCUCCCACACCACUUGUUGAAGACCGGCCGACUGAAGAACCUAAGCCAGUUGAAGAACCCAAGGCUGUCAUCGAAGAGCCCAAGGUUGAGGACCGAGAGGUUACUGAAAGCACGAAGGUUGCCGAGGAUAUCCAAGUUGUUGAAGAAGUCAAGGCUACCGAAGAGCCCAAAGCCACCGAGGAGCCCAAAGUCUUUGAGGCGCUCAGGGUUGUCGAAGAGUCCAAGAUUAUUGAGGAGCCGGUUAUCGAGAAACCCAAGGUGGUCGAGGAGCCAGAGACCAUUGAAGAGCCCGAGGCCAGUGAAGAACCCGAGUCGGAAGGCUCGUCUAAGGCUGCGUUCCCAUCUAUAUCCAAAACUCCACGCGAAGAACCCGUCGCACCCUUGUCGCCUAAAUCUCUGCGUCCCCGUGUCAUGCGUCGCGCAACGGGUAGCACAUCUGCCGUCGCAGGCGUGACGACAAGCCCUGCUCCCGCAACUGUCGCUGUUGUUUCCCCCGUCGAUGAUAAGGCCAAUAUUCGUGCUCAAGCGAGCCUUCGUGCAGAGAAUGCAUUGAACAGACUAGCUGGAUCGUUGCUUCGUUCCAAUAAUUCUGAGCGCUCCCCUGUGUCGCCAGUUUCGGGUAUUCCACGCCCUACAUCCCCAAUAUCGCGCCCGACCUCACCUCUGGGGAUCAGCCGUGCGGCGUCUCCCAAUGUUUUCCGAUCUGAAUCUCCCUUGAGCGACACCGGGGCAAACUCCCGCCCGACUUCGCCAACGUUUGGCAUGCCCCGUCGUGGUAGCAUUGUUGCCCCUCGACCAGUCUCGCGCCAAUCUACGCUGGCUAACGUUAACAAUGGGUCUGAGCGUUCGUCUUCUCCAGCCAGGAAGUCAACUUUUAUCAACCCUCCCAGGGGCGGGGCCACGAGCCCUCCACCAAUGCCACUCCCACCUUCGCGCCAGGGCUCGCAAGGAACUGUUUCGCCGCAAUACCAGGGUAGCGUAAGGGGAUCGCAUAGUCCACAGGUACCGCAAGCAGCGGUGAUGUCCCCUUCCGUUCUCUCCCGUAAAGCUACUAUUGACUCGAACGGUUCUCCUGGCUCCCCGCCAAACGGCCGCCGUGCUGCAAGCCCACCACCAACUCGCAUCGCAAGCCCGCCGCCGACCCGUGCUCUGGCCGAGGAGCUCACAAUCGACCAAGCAACCAGGCGCAACACAUCCUUUCCACCUACCGUGGAGGGUCCGCAGAUCGCAAGUCCUACGGGGGUGAAGCCCCGCCCCCGUCCUCGGACCUCGACUAGCGGGUCGGCCAAGGCUGCCAUGGCCCCCAACACACUCUUGUCCACCCUGACCUCCAAGGUCACAUUCCCUGGUGGCACCAAUCCCAUCUCUCCUUCAGAUUCAAGUCCUGCGUCUCCAAAUCCUGCGAGCCCUGCGAGUCCUGUGAGUCCCGCAAGCCCCGCAAGCCCUAAUCGGAGCGAUUCGUUCGCUAGUGCAGUAAGCAAUCGGAACUCGAUUUAUUCUUUCAGCGACAUGAGUGAUAUGGACAUGUCUACCUCUGAUCUAGACUUCGCGGGUCGCGAGAGCCAUCGGAUGGUCCUAGGCCGCCUUGAUUCUAUGGGCUCCAUGGGCUCUAUCGCAUCAAGCGACGAUGGGAUGAGCGGAAAUGAGGAAGACAGACAGAAGAAACGGGCCAAGAGGAGAGCCAAGGCUCGUGCGCAGGCGCUGAAAAAGCAAAAACGAUCGAAGAGGAACUAG